AUGUGGAACUUCAGAAGACAAUUUGCGCGAUCAUUAUUAUUACUUUCGCAUCACAAUAAUUCCAGUUCAAGAACUUUUCCUACUGUCAUUUGCUCAACGCAAUUUAUCUAUCAACAUGUUAAUCCGUCCAUAUCCUCUAAUGGUUUUUCAAUUAAACCGUAUGGCUUUCCAAUAUUUUUCUCUUCCUCAACUUACACCCGUGUAGGAAAUUCAGAUUCUGAUGAACCAGAUGAAAAGGAGUUAGAAAAUGAUAGCGAGAGAUUAGUUCCCUCCAAAGAUUCUAUCAAAAAAACUGAACUUGAAAGAGAAACUGGAUUGAUAAUGGAGAUAAUCAAGCGACCUGGUCGAAGUUGUAUUGCUUUGAGGAACAAUCUUGAGAAAUGUGGUGUGGCCACCUCGCCGGAGCUGGUGGUUGAAGUUCUUUCACAAGUUAGGAACGAUUGGGAACUGGCGUAUACAUUCUUUCUUUGGGCUGGCAAUCAGCCAGAUUACGCACAUUUUUUGCGCCAGUAUCAUUCCAUGAUCGGUAUUCUGGGUAAAAUGAGAAGAUUCGAUACUGCUUGGACAUUGAUUGAUGAAAUGAAGAGAGGUGGAAAGAAUGGCGGAGAAUCAAUGGUGACUCCUCACACCUUAUUGAUCAUGAUCAGAAGGUAUUGUGCUGUUCAUGAUGUGGGCAAGGCCAUCAACACCUUUUAUGCGUAUAAACAGUUUAACUUCGAGGUUAAUAUUAAUUCGUUUCAAGAUCUUCUUUCUGCUCUUUGUCGAUACAAAAACGUGAAAGAAGCUGAGAGUUUGAUGCUCUGUAACAAAGACGUUUACCCAUUAACAACCAAAAGCUUCAACAUCAUCCUCAACGGAUGGUGUAACAUCAUCUGCAGUCCACGAGAAGGGAAGAGAAUAUGGUGGGAAAUGAACAACAGAGGGAUCCAUCGUGAUGUUAUAUCAUAUUCAACUAUCAUAACUUGCUUUUCAAAAUCCAGUGAAACGAAAGAAGUAAUCAAGAUUUUUGAUGAGUUGAUAGCAUCAGAUAUUAAUCCCGAUAGAAAGGUUUACAACGCUGUGAUUCACUCUCUUGCAAAAUCCGGGCUUGUAGUUAAAGCACGCAAUCUGAUGAAAUCAAUGGAAGAGAAAGGAAUAUCUCCAAAUUCAAUCACGUACAACUCCUUGAUCAUGCCUCUUUGUAAAGCACAACGAUCUACAGAUGCUCGUGAAGUGCUCGAUGAAAUGCUGCAAAGAGGAUUGCUCCCUACAGUUCGAACAUACCAUGCUUUUUUCCAGGCAUCAAGAACAGCUGAAGAAGCUCUUUUGAUCUUGAAGAAGAUGAAUGUAAUGGGAUGUUGCCCGAAUCAUGACACUUAUGCCAUGUUGAUUAGAAAGUUCAGUCGAUGGGGGGAAUUGGAAAAUGUGUCGAAGAUUUGGAAUGAGAUGAUUAGCAAUGGGCUGGAUCCUGAUCGGAGUUCUUAUGUGGCCCGGAUUCAUGGGCUUUUUUUGAAUGGGAUGUUGGAGGAAGCUUAUAAAUAUCAUGUGGAAAUGAAGGCUAAAGAUUUAUUACCUGAGCCUGAGAUAGAAGAGAGGCUGGAUGAAUGGAUGAAAAUCAAAUGUAGCAAUUCAUAA